AUGUAUCUCCCGCACCUCCUCCAGGGGCUUUCGCUCUGCAUUUGCAUGUCAUCCGCCAAAUUCGUCCGCGAGACUCUCGAAUACACAUGGGAAACAGGGGCGCCGAAUGGCGGAGAACCGCGCGAACUGAUCUUUACGAAUGGGCAAUUUCCCGGUCCGGAUCUGGUGUGGGAUGAGGAUGACGAUAUUCAGGUUAUUGUUACCAAUAAACUGCCUUUCAAUACCACUGUUCAUUGGCAUGGCAUUGAGAUGAAGGACACGCCGUGGGCAGACGGUGUUCCGGGUCUAUCACAAGAGCCUAUCGCACCUGGAGAAACAUUUGUGUACGAAUUCAAGGCGUACCCUGCCGGAACCUUCUGGUACCAUUCGCAUUACAAGGGCCUCAUGCAGGAUGGUCAGGUUGGAUCAUUGUAUAUCCGCCGCAAACCAUAUGCUCCACGGCCUUACUCGGUAAUCACGGAAGACAAGAAGGAAUUGGCACAACUCAAAGCUGCAGAGGAUAACCCGAAUCUGAUACUUGUUACGGAUUGGACGUAUCUAACGUCAGCGGAGUACCACAACGUUGAAAUUGAGACUGGUCUCAAUAUUUUCUGUGUGGACAACCUUCUUAUCAAUGGCCAGGGCUCAGUCUACUGCCCUGGAUGGGAAUACCUCGAAGCACAGGGUGGCCAGGGUAUCGAGGCAGUCCUCGAGGGCACCCAUCUGACAGAGAAGGGCUGCCUUCAACCAGAUCUCCACAACGUGCAAGGCGACCACGGAAAUUGGGAGCUCUCCGCUCUCCCCAGCCCGGUCAUCUUCAACUGCACUCCCUCGGAAGGCGGAACCACCAUCUUCACGGUAAACCCUGAAGAGAACGGUUGGGCAAGUUUGAAUUUCAUCGGCGGCGCGUCCCAAAAGGGCCUCACCUUCAGUGUCGACAACCACCCGAUGUGGGUCUAUGAAGUUGAUGGCCAACUCGUGGAGCCUCGACAAGUCGAGAUGGUGGGCGUCUACAACGGCGCUCGCUAUUCAGUUAUGAUCAAGCUCGACCAAACCCCUGGAGAGUACGCUAUUCGCGUUGCAGAUAACGGUGGUGACCAGGUCAUGAGCGCAUACGCAAUUCUCUCCUACGCCAACGCCAAUCCUCACGACACCACGGCCCCCAAGGCAAUCAUUGGUCCACACACAGAGGGCUACAUCAACUACGGCGGCGGCAACACAUCGGCCUCUGUCAGGGAGCUCUCCUUCACUGAAAACCUACCAGCCUUCAACGCGCCCAGUCCCCCACCAGCCUCCGCAACCGACAUUCCAAUCACAACACUCCGCACCUCCAUGACACGCACCAACAACUCCUACUCGUGGUCCCUCGGCAAGCCAGGCUCCCAAGUCCUCUACGAACCGGAGCAAACAGAAACAAGACCCCUUCUCUACGAGAAAGACCCGCUCGCCGUUGUCGGCGAGAAGUACGCCCUCUCCACACCAAACAACACAUGGGUCGACAUCAUCCUCGAAAUCGUCGGUAACGAGCACGACCCCAUUCACCCGCCCCACCCGAUCCACAAACACGGAAAUAGAGCGUAUAUCCUCGGUUCCGGCGUUGGGAAAUUCACCUGGACGACCGUCGCUGAGGCAGCGGCUGAACAUCCCGAGCUGUUCGUUACGGAGCCGGCAUCUGGCCGGAAUGGCAGUCUGCCGGCGCUGCGUGAUACCUUCGUCAUGAACUUCUUCGACUCUAGACUGAUGGAAGGGAGCUGGAUGGUGAUACGAUAUUUUGUCUCGGGCAGGUUUGCAAGUCUGCUGCAUUGUCAUAUCGUGUCUCAUCAGGUUGGAGGAAUGGCGUUGGCGCUGUUGGAAGGGGUGGAUAUUUGGGAGACAGAUGCUUCUUCCUGA